GCUCAAGACUGGAACGUCACCACCUCCCCCAAAGACAGCUGGGCCAACAAAGAACGCCGACGCUCCACCGUCUGGGCCCAAGUCGACGACGUCGAUGUCACCGCCAACAACCCCAAACGGAUGUCUGCCAGCGGCGCUCCCCGUCGCGGCUCCAUCCUCUCAGUUUGGUCGACUGGAAAGGACAAGCAUGGGAGACACACAUUAGUCGGCGACCCAGAUAUCCUGAAAAUGUUGAAUAGAGAUAAGAGAGGAAGUAAUGCUGGUAGUGACCGAAGAGGCAGCAUCCUAAGCCUGUGGAGUCAAGGCAAGGACGAAAAUGGUCGGUCCGUCAUGCUUCAUGACGAUGAGGAGUGGAAAGUCUGA